CUUUCAUUGAUAAAAUCCGUUAACGUGUUGGUCAACCAACAUAAUAAGUGAGUGAAACCCACUCGCUUAUAACGAGAAUAUUGAUAAACUGACAAUGUACUCUCUUCCAACCAAACUCUAAACUCACCUUCCCACAGUUUUUAUUCACUUUUCUCACCCAACUCACCAUUUCCAUAGCCCAUUAAAUUUCAUAAAAUAAAAACACAUAAAUUGUGAAAUCGAACUCAAAAUAAACUCUCCUCCUUUCCAUUUCCACAAUCAAAUCAAAGUUAAUAAAAGCCUCCCUCUCUCCCCACUCUCUCUCCUCCAACAAUGGAAACCCAGACUCACACACUCCUCCCUUCUCCCUCCUCCUCCUCCAGCACCACUGUCUGCGGCGCAAUCGCAAUCGCUACUAAAACUCCAAAACAACAAUUCCCCCUCACUCGAUCCGAAACUAACCCUUACCCAACCACCUUCGUUCAAGCCGACACUUCCUCCUUCAAACAAGUCGUCCAAAUGCUAACCGGAUCCUCCGAACCCACCACCACUAAACCUAACAACAACAUCCCACCCAUCAAAACCCCUAACAAAUCCAAACCAUCCAAACUCUACGAACGUCGUAGCACCACUCUCAAAUCUCUUCGUCUCUGUAAUCCAAUUCACUCUCCUCUUCGAACUAAUAAUAAUAAUGCUACUGAGAUUCUUUCUCCUUCUCUACUCGAUUUCCCGUCUCUCGUUUUAUCCCCUGUUACUCCGCUCAUCCAUGACCCCUUCAAUCGAUCACCGAUUUCUUCAGCCUCCUCGCCCUCUCCCAACGUAGUUGUCGAUAAAGUUGCUGAAGAUAAAGCCAUUGCUGAAAAAGGCUUUUUUCUUCAUCCUUCGCCCGUUUCCACUCCUCGUGAUUCGGAGCCCCGUUUAUUGCCUCUUUUCCCCGUUUCUUCUCCGAGGCUCUCCUCAGGUUCUCAUCCCUCUUCUUAAUUUUGUUUUUAUUUUUUCUUUUUAAUAUGUAGUAUAUAAAAAUAUAUAAAUAGUUUUAAUUAUUAUUUUCUAAAUAUUUCUAUCUCUAUCAUGUAAUGGGCCUAAUCUACCAACUGUAACAAAGUGAGUGAUGAAAAAAAAAAGUUGUUCACAUAUUUUUGAGGGUAAUUUAUUUCAAUUGUAUCCUUUUAUCUUU